CUUUGUCUGGCGGCUUGCUGCCCCGGCGUCGGCUGCGGCGGAGCUGCGGCUCAGCUCUUCGGCCCGCCGCACCCUUAAGGUGCCCUUGGCCCGUGCUCCCAUUCACACGCUCGGGUGAGGUGGCUUUGACCCCGGCUUGCCUGGCCAGCACGACCGAGGAAGUGGCUGGACGGCUGGAGAAUGAACGGAGAAGCCGACUGCCCCACAGACCUGGAAAUGGCCGCCCCUAAAGGCCAAGACCGCUGGUCCCAGGAAGACAUGUUGACUUUGCUGGAAUGCAUGAAGAACAACAUUCCAUCCAAUGACAGCUCCAAGUUCAAAACCACCGAGUCACAUAUGGACUGGGAAAAAGUAGCAUUUAAAGACUUUUCUGGAGACAUGUGCAAGCUGAAAUGGGUGGAGAUUUCUAACGAGGUGAGAAAGUUCCGUACAUUGACAGAAUUGAUCCUCGAUGCUCAGGAACACGUUAAAAAUCCUUACAAAGGCAAAAAACUCAAGAAACAUCCGGACUUCCCAAAGAAGCCCCUGACCCCUUACUUUCGCUUCUUCAUGGAGAAGCGGGCCAAGUAUGCUAAACUCCACCCGGAGAUGAGUAACCUGGACCUGACCAAGAUUCUGUCCAAGAAAUACAAGGAACUGCCGGAGAAGAAGAAGAUGAAAUAUAUUCAGGACUUCCAGAGGGAGAAACAGGAGUUUGAGCGAAACCUCGCCCGAUUCAGGGAGGAUCACCCAGACCUAAUCCAGAAUGCCAAGAAGUCGGACAUCCCCGAGAAGCCCAAAACCCCCCAGCAGCUGUGGUACACCCACGAGAAGAAGGUGUAUCUCAAAGUGCGGCCAGAUGCCACUACGAAGGAGGUGAAGGACUCCCUGGGGAAGCAGUGGUCUCAGCUCUCGGACAAAAAGAGGCUGAAAUGGAUUCAUAAGGCCCUGGAGCAGCGGAAGGAGUACGAGGAGAUUAUGCGCGACUACAUCCAGAAGCAUCCUGAGCUCAACAUCAGUGAGGAGGGCAUCACCAAGUCCACCCUCACCAAGGCUGAACGCCAGCUCAAGGACAAGUUUGAUGGGCGACCCACCAAGCCACCUCCGAACAGCUACUCACUGUACUGCGCAGAGCUGAUGGCCAACAUGAAGGAUGUGCCCAGCACAGAGCGCAUGGUGCUAUGCAGCCAGCAGUGGAAGCUGCUCUCCCAGAAGGAGAAAGACGCCUACCACAAGAAAUGCGACCAGAAAAAGAAGGAUUAUGAGGUGGACCUGCUCCGUUUUCUAGAGAGCCUGCCUGAAGAGGAGCAGCAGCGGGUCCUGGGGGAAGAGAAGAUGUUGAACAUCAACAAGAAGCAAGCCACCAGCCCAGCCUCCAAGAAGCCCUCCCAGGAUGCGGGCAAGGGCGGCUCGGAGAAGCCCAAGAGGCCCGUGUCAGCCAUGUUCAUCUUCUCGGAAGAGAAGCGGCGGCAGCUGCAGGAGGAGCGGCCCGAGCUCUCAGAGAGCGAGCUGACCCGCCUGCUGGCCCGCAUGUGGAAUGACCUGUCGGAGAAGAAAAAGGCCAAGUACAAGGCCCGGGAGGCGGCGCUGAAGGCCCAGUCGGAGAGGAAGCCAGGCAAGUUGCCGGAGUCGCCCAAGAGAGCAGAGGAGAUCUGGCAACAGAGUGUCAUUGGCGACUACCUGGCCCGCUUCAAGAAUGACCGGGAGAAGGCCUUGAAAGCCAUGGAGAUGACUUGGAACAACAUGGAAAAGAAGGAGAAACUGAUGUGGAUUAAGAAGGCAGCCGAAGACCAAAAGCGAUACGAGAGAGAGCUCAGUGAGAGGCGGGCACCCCCGGCUGCUGCAAACUCCUCCAAGAAGAUGAAGUUCCAGGGAGAACCCAAGAAACCUCCCAUGAAUGGUUAUCAGAAGUUCUCCCAGGAGCUGCUGUCCAAUGGGCAACUGAACCACCUGCCGCUGAAGGAGCGCAUGGUGGAGAUUGGCAGCCGCUGGCACCGCAUCUCCCAGAGCCAGAAGGAGCACUACAAGAAGCAGGCUGAGGAGCAGCAGAAACAGUACAAAGUGAACCUGGACCUCUGGGUCAAGAGUCUGUCUCCCCAGGAACGUGCAGCAUAUAAAGAGUACAUCUCUAAUAAACGUAAGAACAUGACCAAGCUGCGAGGCCCAAACCCCAAGUCCAGUCGGACUGCCCUGCAAUCUAAGUCGGAGUCUGAGGAUGAUGAUGAAGAGGAUGAGGAUGAAGAUGAGGAGGAUGAGGAGGAGGAAGAUGAUGAGAACGGGGACUCCUCUGAGGAUGGCGGGGACUCCUCCGAGUCCAGCAGCGAGGAUGAGAGCGAGGAUGGGGAUGAGAAUGAGGAGGACGAUGAGGAUGAGGACGACGACGAGGACGAUGACGAGGAUGAGGACAACGAGUCCGAGGGCAGCAGCUCCAGCUCCUCCUCCUCGGGGGACUCCUCGGACUCUGACUCCAACUGAGGCUCAGCCCCACCCGGGGCUCCCUUCUCCGGCUGAACACCUUUGUUUUUCCCCCAUGUUCUGUCCCCUGCCCCUUGGCCUCCCCCACUUUCUUUCUUUCUUUUUUUUUUUUUUUAAACAAAACACGGUGGGGGGUAGGCGCUGGAGGCGCCCAGGCCAGAACUCUGCGGCCUCAGAGACAUCAGCCCUGGGGGGCCCUCCAGGGAGCGUACCCAUCAGACUGAGCCACCACCGGACUGGUCCAGCCCACCCCCUCUUCUGCACUUGCGGUUUCCGGCAUGGACAAUGGACCCGGGAGUGGGUCGGGGUUCCCAAAGAGUUCAGUGAGGCCCCCUACACCUGCAGCCCAACCCAAGGGAGGGUGGAAGCUUGAGGAAGACCCCUUUCUUUCCAGAGGGGCUUGCAGCCUGGAUCCCUGCAUUGGAACUGGAGGCAGGGAACAUGGGAGAAGAGGGCCGGCGCCUAUGAAGAAAUAGGCCUUGCCCCAUGGCCCUCUUCUUCCCUGCCCCCUGCGGGAAGGAGCUGCCUGGACCCACUCACGGGGGCGGGGGGGAGGGGGCAGAAGUGUUUUUUAUAUAUGUGUAUAUAUUUUUUUUUUAAGCUCUGAGCUGUCAACGAGACGUUUCCUACCGAUCUCGGCUGCCGUCUCUGUUGUCAUUUCUGGGAGAGGGAGGGUUUAGAGGGUAGGUUUGGGGCUUUUUUAAAACGGUCUUGAUGUGUAUGGAAAAGCGUGUGUGUGUGUGUGUGUGUGUGUGUGUGUGUGUGUGUGCGCGCGUGUGUGUGUAUGCCUGUGGCCUGUACAUAGCAUGGGUGCACCUGUGGAUGUGUGCAAAGGCACGUGUAUUUGUGUGUGUAAGAGAAGGUAAAAGGGUUGUGAGGGCUAUGGAGACACUGACCCUGGUGGGGAUAGGUUGGGGUGGCCCUUUUCUCCAUAUCUUCCGCUUUGCCUGAUCUCUGAUUCAGUUCGGGUGUACUGAAGCCACUCUGGUGCUUCCUCUGCUGGUCUCCCUCAGCCAGGGCCAUUGGCGCUAUGGCAAGUCUCCAGUAUCCAUCAGGACAGUGGGGAGGGGGACAGACUAGGUGAACCUUAAAUAUUUUAUUUGGCGGGAAAGGUGUCUCCAGCUCAUCUGAGGGGUCACCUAGCCGCCGUUGGCUCUGAACCUGGGCUUCAAGAGAUGUGUUGGAAGCUCUUAGACACCCCUCCUGCCUGCCCCCCAUAUCCUCCAGCUACCCCACCCCCAUUUCCUUUGAUUUCUCAGGUCAGCUCCCUUCCCCACCCCAUCUCCCCAAACCCACAGCUGAGGGAGAGGUCUGCAAAAGCUGCUUUGACAGCUGUCCUAACCCUUCCCAGCCAUCCCCCAGAUUUUGGAACCCUGAUUCCUAGACUCUCAAAAAGCCAAGCCACCUAAGUGUGGGUUUAAUUUUUGUUGUUGCUUUUGAUCAAAAUUUUUUUAAACAAUCAUGUCAGUGACCUAUUUAAUUGGGGGUUUGUGCUUUUCCACCCUCCCCCUCUGAAUGAAAGGCAAGAGGAACUCUUGCCUAGGAGGUGUGGUGGGAAAGGUGGGUCCCGCUCACAGAGGAAGGUAGAUAGAUAAUCUGCUUUGCCUCUCGGAUGUGGUGCUGGGGGUGGGAGGAGCUAGUGGGGGACACUCCCUACUCCCCACUCCCCUUUGUCCUGCUUCUGGAAUUAGGUACAGGGGUUCAUAGGUUCUAUUCUCAAGAGCCCCUGCAGAGAGCCCCAUUUCCCUGUUCCAGUGCCCCUGCGCUGUUGUGUUUUAGUGGAAUGUGUUUUUCAUUUAAAAACAACUUUGGGGCACUUUUUUUUCCUGUUUUAAAAAUUGAAAAAUUCUUACAGUACAAACAUAGCUGUGGGGGUGGGGGUGUGGGUGCUGUAAGAGGUCACUCUGAGUGCAUUUUGGCACUGGGAUGGGAUGACUGGGGUGGGAGGACCCCUGCUCUCCCCCCCACCCCGUUUUUUUCUAAUAUUUAAGAAGUGUUUUUGUAGGUUUCAACAACAACCACAACUUGAAUUUGUAUCAUGGGAGGUGGGAGGGAAUGGCUUAGAGGUGUCUGCCUAAGCUUAAGGCCAACUGUGGAAGUUUUGUUUUCCCUUUUUUUGUAUAAUAAAGUAAAAAUACAAAGA